AUGAGGGCUUUCCUAGCUGCAGUCUUCGCGCUUCUAGCCGUGAUCGUACUGACCACCUCGGCCGAGGAGUCUAAAGGCCACGAAGAAGACAAGCGAAUGCUCUACUGGAAACGCGACAGCCCGUUUGACUCCGAAGAAGAGGACAAGCCGGCAGCUCAGGGCUGGGUUCGCACCCCUGACCUUUCGAUGUUAGCUCAAGUGUUGUCUUCAUGUGCCGAGGUGAGCGGGCCAAUGACCAUAGAUUUUUCACAGACGACAUUCUUGUAG